CCAUCCAUUUCAAUGGUGCAGCUUUCCCAAGCCCCUUUCCAUCGCCCAUCAUCACCUUCAGGCCGGUCAGAGGAGGGGGAGGAUAAGAGCAUGAAGGCGGCCAAGCAGCAGGUGAACCCGUCUGGGGAGAGCCAACCUCCCUCCAGCCCCCUGCAGUCUGCGCUGAACUCGGCAGCCUCUCCUUCCCAGGCAUAUGAGACUUACAUUGAUAACGGCCUUAUCUGCCUCAAACACAAAAUCAGGAACAUUGAGAAAAAGAAGCUCAAACUAGAAGACUACAAAGAUCGCCUGAAGAAGGGAGAAGCCCUCAAUCAAGACCAGUUGGAGGCAGUAGAGAAAUAUGAUGAAGUAGUACACAACUUAGAAUUUGCCAAGGAGCUUCAGAAGACUUUUUCAGGACUUAGCCAAGAUCUACUGAAAGCACAGAGGAAGGCUCAGCGAAGAGAGAGUCUAUUGAAGCUUGAAGCAGAGAAGAAAAAACUGCGUACAAUACUUCAAGUCCAGUAUGUGCUGCAGAACUUCACUCAAGAGCAUGUUCAGAAAGAUUUCAAAGGUGGUGUGAAUGGUGCAAUAUACUUGCCUUCUAAAGAACUAGACUACCUCAUAAGAUUUGCGAAACUGACAUGUCCAGAAAGAAAUGAGAACUUGAGUGUGGAAGACCAGAUGGAACAAUCAUCUCUCUACUUCUGGGACCUUCUAGAAGGAAGUGAGAAAUCUGUGGUUGGAACAACAUAUAAACACAUGAAGGACUUGUUAUCCAAACUUCUAGACUCUGGCUACUUUGAAAGUAUUCCGACUCCUCGCACCACUGUGCCAGUAAAAGAAUUGGAAGAAGAAGUAAAUAGAAAAUCUGAAAGAACAAGACAGGUGUCAAAAGGAGAGUCUGUCAAAGAACCAGAGUCCAUUAUGGAGCUUAUGAAGUCUGAAAUACAGCCACAGGAGUUUCUCAACAGGCGUUAUUUGCCUGAAGCAGAAUACUCUGUCAAGAAGAAGCCAGAAGAGCCCAAAUCUUGGGAAGCUGAGUGUGCUAGAAGGCAAGAACCUCCAAAGUCCUGGGAAAUGCUUGUUGAUAUUGAAGAGCAGGAACAGAAGCAGAAACAAGAGACCUUAAAGCCUUGGGAAGCUCGUGUUAGGCAGCAAGAACCAAAAAGACUAGAUUCUCCAAAGCCUUGGGAAGCUCGUGUUAAAGAGCCGGAACAGAAACGUGAGACUACAAAGCCCUGGGAGACCCGUGUUGAGGAGGAAGAACAGAAGAAGCAAGAAGCUCCAAAGGCCUGGGUAGCACGUGUCCGAGAGGAGCAGGAGUCCCCCAAACCUUGGGUAGCAAAGGUUAGGGAAGAGCAGGACCAGAAGAAACAGGAAUCGCCUAAGCCGUGGGUAGCAAAAGUUAGGGAAGAGCAGGAGCAAAAAAAGCAGGAGUCCCCAAAACCUUGGGUAACCAAAGUUAAGGAAGAACCAGAACAAAAGCAGGAAUCUCCAAAAGCUUGGGUAACCCAAACUAGGGAGCAACCAGAACAAAAGAAGCCAGAGCCUGUGAAAGCAUGGGAAAUGCCUGUUAGGGAAGAGCAGCAGCAAGUGUCAUCACAGCAGUUACAGAACCCUCCGAAGUCCUGGGGAGCUGCAAGUGUUGGGCCAAAGGAGCAGAUGGGGCCAAAGAAGUUUGAUAUGGAACCCAAAGAAGUGCCUAAACCUGUACAUCAGCCAGCUGCAGAAUUUUGCUCUACUUCAACUCUUCCAAAAGAUCCAGUAUUGAGAAGGGAAAAACUUCAGGAUCUGAUGACUCAGAUACAAGGGACUUACAACUUCAUGCAAGAGUCCAUUCUGGAUUUUGAUAAGGCUUCACCAAGUGCCAUUGGUUCAUCCCAACCACCUUCAGUUACUCCAGCAAGUAGUCCUGUAGCUUCAAAAGAACAGAAACUGCCAAGUCAGAGUGAUUUUCUUCAACAGCCCCUUCAAGCUGCUGCUUCAUCCGUGACACUGCAUGGUUCAAAUACUUCCCUAGCAUCUGCUGAUCAGACUCUUUCUGGCUCUGAAACUGAAGACUUGGUGACACCACAGGCAACCAUUCCCCUCCCAAGUGAGCCACAAUCACCGUUGCCUACUUCAAGCACCUCCAUGUCACCAGUACCACCAGCGCAAAGCUUUCAGUCACCUCCAGCAAGUAGCAGUUCUGUCACAAUAACAGCAGCUCCCUUUCAGGCUAUGCAGACUGUAUUUAAAGUGAAUGCACCACUGCCUCCGCGUAAAGACCAGGAAAUUAAAGAGGAUUCUUCAUAUUCGUCAGGAUAUAACCAGAGUUUCUCUACAGCAAGUACACAGACUCCUCCUCAAUGCCAGUUGCAAUCUUCUCAUGUUGCAGAACAAACCUCUCUUUCACAAGAAUCUCUGUCGUCAGCAGUGAAUUAUCAACCUGAUGGAGCUGUUCCUGUUAGCAAUGGUAGCCUUGCCUUUUAUCCAGCACAGACUAAUGUUAUUCCCAGACCUCCUCAGCCUUACCUUAACAGUCGUGGGUCUGUCAGAGGGUCUGCUAGAGGUGGAAGGUCACUGGCUAAUUCAUAUCGUUCCCCUGGUGGGUACAAAGGUUUUGAUGCUUACAGAGGCUCACCUUCAAUAACUAAUGGCAACUAUGGCCAGCUGCAGUUCCCUGGUAGAGAUUAUGCUGGAAUGCCAUAUUCUCAGAGGGAUGUUAAUUACCAGCAGUGCUAUAAACGAGGUGGGAUAACUACUGGUCCUCGAGCAAAUUCAAGAGCAGGGUGGAGUGAUUCCUCUCAGGUGAGCAGUCCAGAACGAGACAAUGAAACCUUUAACAGCGGGGACUCUGGACAGGGAGACUCCCGCAGCAUCACCCCUGUUGAUAUGCCAGUGACGAGCCAAGCUGCCACCAUACUACCAGUGCAUGUCUACCCCCUCCCGCAGCAGAUGAGAGUUGCCUUCUCUGCCGCUAGAACAUCUAACUUGGCCCCUGGAACUCUAGACCAGCCAAUUGUGUUUGAUCUAUUGCUGAACAACCUUGGAGAAACUUUUGAUAUCCAGCUUGGUAGGUUCAACUGUCCAGUGAAUGGUACAUAUGUCUUCAUCUUCCACAUGCUGAAACUGGCUGUAAAUGUUCCGCUGUAUGUGAAUCUCAUGAAGAAUGAAGAGGUCCUAGUGUCAGCAUAUGCAAACGAUGGGGCUCCUGAUCAUGAAACAGCUAGUAACCACGCAGUCUUGCAGCUGUUCCAGGGAGAUCAGAUCUGGUUGCGUCUGCAUCGGGGAGCCAUCUAUGGAAGUAGCUGGAAAUACUCCACCUUUUCGGGAUACCUCCUUUAUCAGGACUAAAAUCCAGUGCGACGUUUACAAAAGAGCUGCUCCAAACACCUUGGUGGAGGGGGGUGGGACUAGCUUUGCACUUAUACUGACUUUAUAGAAGAUAUGUGGUUCCAUUACUGGGGGAAAUGAUGGUCCUGUUGUGCAAGGUGAAAUCAUGGAGUUGGGGUACUGAAUCAGCACUAAUUUGGCACUUUAUCAGUUGUGAUGUAGCCUUGCUAGUAAAGCUGUGAAUGUAUAUUGUUUGCACUUACCCUAAACUGUAUUAAUGUCCAGCUUACUACACUAUUGAUUGCCUCAAGUAUGGGCUAUUCACAAUGCCUUGUUGUGCCUCAAUAAAACAAGUUAAUAUGCAUUUUAG